UAUCUCUUGCUAGUUUUUACUAUGCCAGUUUUUGCCAGACUUACUGGAUUUUCUUCAGAUUUAUUAUUAGUUGUUCAUAACUUUGCUUCAGUUUUUACAUUAUUAAUGAUUGUGUUUUAUUUAUUUAAUAAUCUAAGUAAUAUAAUUGAUAUUUGUCAAGAAAGUAUAAAUGAGGCAUAUUUUGCAUUUAAGACAUUUGGUCCAUUACCAGUAUUAAUAACCUUCUGGAAGUCAGUAUUUUUAUCGGUUCAGAUGUUAAUAUUUUGGGUAUUGAUGUUUUCUUGUCAUUUUUAUUUAUUUAUAAUGAGUGAUGAUGAAAGUAAUAGAUUAUUCUAUGAUGAAGGGUGGCUAGUUGUUAUUUUAGCUAGUUUAGGAGAGUGCUGUACUACUCCAGUUAGUUUAUUUGCAUUCUGUGUAAUGAUAUCCUACACAUCAUUCGGAGUUUUAACAUUAACUAAAUUUUACUUACAAGGUUUUGAGAUGACACCAUUAGAUUUUGAUGGAUCUCGUGGAUGGACUGAAGGGUUUACCAUGUUAUUAAUAGCAGUGCAGACAGACUUGUUAGAUUUAUCAAUAUUACAAAGAGCGUUUUUAAUGAGUAUAUUAUUGUUUAUUGUUGUAUCAUCAUUGAUACAAUCAAUGUAUGAAAUAGUGGAUCCUAUAUUAUUAACAUUAAGUGCAUCGCAUAAUAAGCGCUGGACUAAACAUGCUCGCGCUAUUGGCUUAUGUACAUUUUUAUGGAUCUUUCCAUUGUUUAUGAGUUAUUUCAUUUGUCAAUAUUUUGAUUUAGAUUUCUGGUUAAUGGUUAUCAUUUCUAGUUGUUUAUUGACGUCUGUACAAGUUAUUGGUUCUCUGGUGGUUUAUGCUUUAUUUAUAUAUGAUUCAUUACGAACAGAACCAUGGGAAAGUUUAGAUGAUGUAAUAUAUUGGGCUAGAGCUUGUACUCGAGUUGUAGAGUUCCUAGUAGCUGUAUUUGUAGUAUGUUAUGGUUUUAAAGAGUCUAUAUUUGGUGAAUGGAGUUUGGUUAAUACCUCCAUAUUGUUAAUACAUUGUUAUUUUAAUGUAUGGCAAAGACUUCAGAGUGGAUGGAAAAGUUUUUUAUUACGCUGGAAAGCUGUAAAAAAAGUGGAAUCAUUGUUACUAGCUACAAGUGAACAGUUGGAAAACUAUAAUGAUGUUUGUUCUAUAUGUUUCCAAGAGAUGAAAUCUGCCAGAAUUACUCAUUGUAAACAUUUUUUUCAUAGUGUUUGUUUACGCAAGUGGUUGUAUAUAAAAGAAACUUGUCCAAUGUGUCACCAAGAAAUAUGUAAAAGCAAUGACUUGGGGAAUGAAACUGCAAAUAAUGUAGAUGAUGGUGAUGGACUCAAUGAAUUUGAAAAUUUUAAUGAUUUUGACUUUUCAACUGAUGAAGAUCAAAGUGACAUUGAUAAUGAUUAAUUCAAGGAAUUAGUCAUAAUGUUAUGAAAUAUAAUGUAUUUAAAUGUUAAAUAAAUUAUUACAAAAGUU